ACCGUACAGCGUACACACACAGACGAAGCGCAGCGGGAGGAAAACAACAGGGAGGAAUCAAACCCUUUCUCUCAGCACCAAUGGCACGGUAUCUUCUCCCUUCCACCACCACCGCCGCCUCCUCGCUCCCGAGGAAUGCCAGGGCCUCGCCGGCGCCGAUCCUCGCUCUCCGCUCGCUCGCCUCCAGGUCCAAGCACGCGCGCGCUAUCAUGGCGGUGGCGUCGAGCCAGCCCGCCGCACCCAGCAAGUACCCGAAGAUGGCCGCCCCCACCACCGGCCCGGUUCCCGCCGACGAGCUGCUCGGCGUCAUCCAGGCCGCCGCCAAGGCAGGCGCCGAGGUUGUAAUGGAAGCUGUUAAUAAGCCGCGUAAUAUCCAAUACAAGGGGGUUGCAGACUUGGUGAAAGACACAGAUAAACUGAGUGAAUCAGUCAUUCUUGAAGUCGUCACCAAGAACUUCAAAGACCACCUCAUACUUGGGGAGGAAGGUGGCCUUAUUGGAGAUUCUUUGUCAGAGUAUCUCUGGUGCAUUGAUCCUUUAGAUGGAACAACAAACUUUGCACAUGGUUACCCCAGCUUUUCUGUAUCCAUUGGUGUUCUAUUCCGAGGCAAGCCUGCUGCUGCCACUGUGGUGGAAUUUUGUGGUGGGCCUAUGUGCUGGAACACUCGUACGAUUUCUGCAUCUUCUGGAAAAGGUGCUUAUUGUAAUGGGCAAAAGAUUCAUGUCAGUCCAACAGAAAAGGUGGAACAAUCUCUUCUGGUUACUGGGUUUGGAUAUGAACAUGAUGAUGCAUGGCUGACCAAUAUAAAUUUGUUCAAGGAAUUUACUGAUGUUAGCAGGGGAGUACGAAGGCUAGGCUCUGCUGCUGCUGAUAUGUCCCAUGUUGGUCUAGGCAUUACCGAAGCCUACUGGGAAUAUCGGCUUAAGCCAUGGGACAUGGCUGCUGGUGUUCUGAUAGUUGAAGAAGCUGGUGGGGUAGUGACACGCAUGGAUGGUGGAGAGUUUACAGUCUUUGAUCGUUCUGUUCUUGUUUCCAAUGGCACUGUUCACGAUCAGCUUUUGGAGCGGAUCCGGCCUGCUACUGAAGACCUUAAGAAGAAAGGAAUUGAUUUCUCCAUGUGGUUUAAGCCUGAGAAUUACCCUACUGACUUUUGAAUCACGCAGCCCUUCAGCUACUUGGUUCUCUGUCAAGCAAAAAUAAGGAUAUUUUUGCCGAACGACCAUGUACUUACACUGACAAUACAUUUCAAGGUCCUCCGACCAAACGGAUCAAAAAUGAAAGCCAAAAUUUACUGAAGGAGUAGAGCUCGAAUGAGAUUCUCACCGGAUUCCUUUUGCUUUUGAUAGAAUGUAUCAGAAAGAAAUGCUUGCAAAGGGUGUUGUAUCGUAUGCAUGGUUUCUGCCAGUUGUACCUGGGAAAAUAUAACUGCCAAUUUUGUUAAUCAUGGAUAAUAGCAAGACUUCCAAGAACACAUACAAUGAUGUGCCGUGGAA